AAUGGAAUACCCAGAUGGGUACCUACUACGUAAGAUUAUCAACUAAGCAAGCUCUAUUUUCUUGGGACUCUAAACGUACUAGUACUAAAUUGAAAUUGUGCCAAGACUAAUUAUAAGUUAUAGCUACUGAUGGAUCUGGAUUUAAAAGUUCUAUUGGUGAUUAGGUAUGAAGAUUAAUACUUUAAGGAAUUCACUCCAGGUUAUAAAUAUUACUAUGAGAUUAAAAUCUUAAAGGGCAGUUUAAUUAAGAUUGGCGUAUGCACCAAGAAUGGGCUGUUCUAAGAUGUAAACUCAAUGCUCCACCUAAGCAAGCUUUCAGUGAUAACGAAGAAGGAUGGGCAAUCUAUAAUGGGGAACUGAGACACAAUUCUAAUUCCACUGGCAAUAAGUAUGGCAAAUAAUACAAGAAGGGAGACGUUAUAGGAGUUAUGCUGAAUAUGAUAGAUGUACAAACUCACUAAUUCAAUUUUAAAAGGGCUAAUUAUCUUUUUCAAUAAAUGGAGAGAAUUAAGGAAUUGCAUUUGAAUGCAAAGAGCUUAAAGAAGUUCCACUUUAUGCUGCCAUAGCUCCAAUUUAUAAGGAAGAUGGUAUAGAAUUGCUAAUGGCGGUUAGAGAAGAUUGA